AUGUCGCUGAGUUCAGGCGGUUGGACUCACAGCCCUGGCUACCCACCGGACCAGUCCGCCGCCCUCCCCAGUCACUAUGGGGCCUCGCAGUCACAACUUGGCUGCCAAACCGUCCUUAUGUCGGUUCGGGUGUCGGUAUGCCAUUCUGGUAUUCGGCCGCUGUGUCUUCCCGGAGCAGGUGAUGAGUCACUCCGCCUGCAGCUCAGUAUGGACCCGGGGAAAUCCGGGGAAUUCCGGCUGUCGCUCCAGGACAGCUGCGAGACUGGACGGAGUGUGACCAUCGCUGAAUUUGAUUUGAGGACGGUAAACUAUGAGGUGAAGUCACCAAAGUGCCACGAGCUGAGUUUGGCAGCACCCCCACAUGACCGCAUCAGCUUCAACUUCCGCUGUGAGCAGGAGGCCCGGGAGUGGGCUACAGUGGUGAUGUCCUCAUUGAGGGAAGCACAAAGAGUAGCCCCUCAAGAUGAUGGUCCUCAGCUCCCGCAGGAUGGUCAGAACACCUUGGCUUUGCAACAGACAGAGGAAGCCUGCAUAGAGCUGACCCGAGCCAUAGAAGCAGGUGACAUGCAGUCUGCGUCUGUCUUUGCUGCCACACUCGCCCGACAAAAUGCCACGCUCAAGAUUUGUCCCUCUGCCAGAGACUAUGAAGACAGUGAAAUCAACUUGGCUGUUGCAGUUGAGGAUUGUUCUUCGUCCUGUUGUGUCACUGUGAAAGUUUACCCACAUAUGACUACCGCAGCACUGAAACAGCAGAUGUUUCUUGAGUAUGGCUUUCACCCGCGGGUGCAGCGCUGGGUGAUUGGCCAGUGUCUGUGCAGCGACCAGCGCUCUCUGGCCUCAUAUGGGGUUCGUCAGGACAGUGACACAGCUUUCUUGUACCUGCUGUCAGCCCGUCAUGCUCGCUUGACCCAUCAAGUCCUCCAGCAGGACCAGGAGAGUGCCCUCCUCCUUAGUCCUGCAUCUCUGUCUCUCCCCACUCCUCCCCUCCCUGCUACCUCUGCAAAUGGCCCCUCAUCUCUGGGCCGGAGGGCUUACACCACCCUGCCUCCUAGACUCCAUACCAGCAGCAACACUGAGAGAGGAAACAUCAGUGAGAUCAGAGAUCUCAUCAACCUAGAGAUGCCUCAACUCAAUGAAGCACUAAGCCCCAACACAGCCUCCACCCAGGGUUGGUCGUGCCCUUCUUGCACUUACAUUAACAAACCAACACGGCCGGGCUGUGAGAUCUGCAGUACAAACCGCCCUGAGAACUACGUCAUUCCGGGGGGAUACCGACCUGAUGCACUGGAACUCAGACGGAUCCAGCAGGAGAAGGAGGCUAUCAGACAGUACCAGCAGGCAAGGGAAGAGGAGCGCAGGGAGAAUUUUGCCCGGCUAGUGAUGAUGGAUGGACAGGACCUGCUGCCUAACCCAGAGCCUGUGGACUGUAGGAUCUGUUACGUGGACCUACAGCCUAGAGAGGGGGUCCUGCUCAGGGAGUGUCUCCACUGCUUCUGCAGAGAGUGCUUACGUUCAGUCAUCAUGCUGAGUGAGGAGCCAGAGGUGGCCUGUCCCUACAGAGAUGACACAUAUUCCUGUUCCUGCUCCCUGCAGGAGAGGGAGAUCAGAGCUUUGGUGCCAGCAGAGGAGUAUGAGCGCUGGCUGCAAAGAGGCCUGUCAGUGGCAGAGUCUCGAUGUGAGGGCAGCUACCACUGUGCCACCCCAGACUGUCCUGGCUGGUGUGUGUACGAGGACACAGUCAAUGUCUUCCACUGCCCCGUCUGCAGGAAACACAACUGUCUGAUUUGCAAGUCUAUCCAUGAGGGAAUGAACUGUAAGCAAUACCAGGAUGAUCUUGCAGCCCGCGCUAUAAAUGACUCUGCUGCUAGAAGGACAACGCAUCUACUCAAGACUCUUGUGCAGUCAGGGGAGGCAAUGCACUGUCCCCAGUGUGGCAUCAUUGUCCAGAAGAGGGAUGGAUGUGAUUGGCUACGCUGCACUGUCUGUCACACUGAGAUCUGCUGGGUAACCAGAGGACCCCGCUGGGGACCUAGGGGUCCUGGAGACACCAGCGGAGGAUGUCGCUGCAAUGUCAACAAUCAGAAAUGCCAUCCCAAAUGCCAAAACUGCCACUGAGAAUCUCAAGAGUGGUCAGUUUGUAGAAGAGAAUGAAAGAGUCAAACUGAAACAAACUAUUCUAAUAAUAAUAAUAAAAAAGUAUAUUUAAGUCGAAACUGCAGGAUUGUUACAUACAAUGCAUCUUGCUUGUUAUAACUGGAAAGACCUUCUAAAUUUUCUCUCAGCAAAUUUCUAACCACUAACUUGUUUCCCUUGGCUUUUCAGUGCCAUCAGAAUAACAUCAAUUAUAUGUUUUAAAUUAUACGACGCUUAGCUCUGCCUCUCACAAACAUUUAAGAUGCAAGCCGUGUGAUUUGAAGUCAGCGUUAUAACAGUAUAAAUGAAGUUAUCACAUCUGACUGUAAUGAUGAGAAGUAUGGUUACAAGUAUGCAGGGAAAACGUAUUAACUUUACAAUGAUUGCACUGUACAUCUAGCAAUACAGGUGUGUUGUUUUCUGUUUCGGUAGUUACAUACCAGGAUGCAUUAAAUUAAACUGAAGUGGCCUUAUUAUUGUGCCCCAAAGCUGUAGCAGGAUGUUUUAUGAUGACGCUUUUUGUGUUCUUUUUAUAUGCAAUUUUUCUGCAUCGACAUUGCAGAUCAAACAAGUGUAUGGAGUUAUUAGGGGUGCACGAUUCAGAAAAUGUCACGAUUCGAUUUGAUAUAGAUUUUUAGGCUCAAUAUUCGAUUCAAAAUCGAUUUUCGAUUCAAAAAUGAUUCUCU